CGCUUUAGCUAAUGCUGCAGUUCCUUGAGGCUGAGCCGUCCACCAGGGCAUGUCUUUCUGUCCUAGGAUCAGCCAGGUAGGCUACAUCUGCACGUGCAGAGAGAGAGAGGGAGAGAGAGAGAGAGCCAUUUUUGACAAUUGUUAGCCGAGGAUGACAAUUUUUAGGGUUCUUCCAAGACUUCUGAGGAGUGGUGUUUCACAGUCAGGAAACCUCUCAUCUCGGAUACAUGCUCUCCUCUGUGGAGGUCAUGUGAUUCCGCAACUCGAACGAUCUCUAUACGAGGUUUCCUGUUUAUCAUCACGAGUUUUGUGCCACUCCCACAUUGGGACUUUUGCUUCACAUCACUCCUGGUUUUCGUCAUCUGCAUCACCUCAGACAAAUCAGAAGGAGACCAGUCAGGUUGCAGAUGAAACAAAAACUUCUAAACACCAUGAUAAGGCCUCUGAGAACAUUUCUUAUGACAAGAACGAAGCUGAGUCAACAAAGAAAGAAGGGAGCAAUGGUGAUGCUGCAGCACAUCCUGGAAAGUUCGAUUCUCAUGUUGAAACUGACCUUUCAAAGUCCGAUUUUGGCGAGAAGAGGAGGAAGAGUACUAAAAGAACUGCAUUUUCUGAUUCAGAUGCCGAGGAUGAAUUAUCUGCUGAUGAUCUGAUUAAACUAGUAGCUGAAAAGGAGGUGUUACUGAAGGCAAAACAAAAGGAAAUUGAAAAGAUGCAAGAAAAAGUUCUUCGUAGCUAUGCAGAGACGGAGAAUAUUAUUGAAAGGACAAAGCGUGACUUAGAGAAUUCAAAAAAGUUUGCUGUCCAGAACUUUGCAAAGAGCUUGUUAGAUGUUGCCGACAACUUGGGGAGAGCAUCCUCAGUUGUUAACGUCAGCUUCUCAAAGAUUGAUCAGUCUAGGGACUCGGUUGGUGCUGUGCCACUACUUAAAACCCUUCUAGAAGGAGUUGAGAUGACUGAGAAGCAACUUUCAGAGGUGUUGAAGCAAUUUGGAGUGCAGAAGUUUGAAGCUCUAAAUGAGGCAUUUGAUCCCAAUAGGCAUCUUGCAGUUUUCCAAGUUCCCGAUCCUUCAAAGCCGCCUGGUAUUGUUGCUCAUGUUUUAAAGUCGGGAUACACACUUUAUGAUCGGGUUAUUCGCCCUGCUGAAGUUGGUGUUACAGAGGCUGUAAGCAAUGAGGCAGAAGGAAGUUUAGAGGCAUGAAAAAUAUUUGGGUCUUGAUAUUUAAAAUAUUUUCCAUAUAGUUUAUUUAUUUGGAAAACCUGGAUAUUGAGCUGUUUUUCUAUUUCGGUUGAGAUUGUCUCCUAGUGAUCCAAACAAAUUUUGCUAAUAUUUAGGAUAGGCUCAUUUAAACUCACCGUGGGCAAUGGAGGAAAGUUGUGGUUUUGUAGAGCACUAA